AUGCAUCUUAUGUACGUGACCGACAACGAGGGCAAGCGGGUGUACACCCUCAAGAAGGUCCUGAACGGCGAGGUGACCAAGUCCGCCCACCCGGCGCGCUUCUCUCCCGAUGACAAGUACUCGAGACACCGUGUCACCCUCAAGAAGCGUUAUAAUCUCCUGCUCACCCAGCAGCCC